GGGCGCUGUGCUGACAACAUCCUCGCAGGACCAACGAGCGGAUGGUGCGUCCAAGAGUCCUCCUGCUCAGUACAGCCAUCCUUUGAAGCUUAACAGCCAUCGAGCGAAGCCUUCGAAAAUGUAAACAAAAGCGACGCAGGCGCAGCAGUACUCUCUCCCUCACACCUCAAGCAGUUUGGAAAGGAAAGGCAGGGAAAGCCGAGCUUCCAGGUCGGCUAUCGGCGGCCGUCGGUUUUCCAGCCCACAUCCUGGCCAGGCUCAAAAACAGGCUCAGGCAGCCAGCGCUCACAACGCCAGCAGAGUGCGCAGCGUGAUGUAGUCCAGAGCUCCAGAGCCAGCUCCAGUUUUCAGCUGCAGACCGAGACCGAUAAAUCCAGCUCCAGCCACUCAGGGAAACUUUUCCACACUCGAGCACGCACACAGGGGCAGGUCGGAAAAGCUGAGAAGCGGAAAAGCGGAAAAGCCUCAGACAAAUGGCCAGGAAUAGCAGCAGCGGCGAACGCAGCAGCACCAGCAGCAGCAGCAGCAGCAGUGCCACAGAAGCGGGGCAGCCGUGAAAAAAAGAGGAGGCGUGAAAAAUACCACAAAAUAGCACGGGGGCAGCAGUGUGCCGUGUGUGUGUUUGUGUGAAAAUCUAGGGGAAAAGCGCGCCCCGUGGAAAUGGAAAUGGGCAUGCUGGGGCUUCUUCUGUUAGCCACGCCAGCAGCGGAAGUAGCAGCAACAUUAGCCGAAACGGAAACAGAAACAGCAGCCUGAAUCCGCGACCGCUUCCAAUUUAUCCGUUCUCCGCUCUCCGUUCUCCGUUCCGUGUUAAUUGUUAUUUAUGUAUAGUGUGUAUAUAAAGUUGUGUGAUACAAAUGGAUCGCAAGGAUCUGGCCGAAAGAGAGAAACUCUAAUCUAAACUCAGUCUCAGUCUAAUCAAAAGCGUACAACGACAACAAACGGUUUUGCAAGUGAAACGAUAACACCAAACGAUAACCAAACCAAACCAACAACAUUAUUCCAACGGGUCCAAUGUUGCAGCCAACAACAUGCAGCAAACAGCAACAGCAGAGGCAGCAAACAGCAAUCGCAGCAGCAGCAGCAGCAGUGGAAGGAGCAGCUAAAGAUCAUGGAGCCUUAGCAGCCGCAGCAGUAGCAGCCACUGCAACAGCGACAGCAGCAGCAACUGCAACAGCAGCAGCAACCGCAGCAGCAACCGCAGCAGCAACAACAAGCAGCAGCAGCAGCAGCAACACUUGGUGCCACAGCGACAACAUGUUGUCCGUAGGCCAUAGCCGCACCACCAGCACAACGAUAGACUUCAAUAGUCGCCGGCGGAGGGGGCGCCUACGGGGCCACGCCCCCUUUGUCCUGGCGGAGAACAAGCAACACCAAGCUACGAUACUGGACGAGUGUGUAAAUAUUUUCAAGCGCUUAGUAUUAUUAACAUUAAAAACAAUAUCAGCAACAACAAUAACGAAAGCGAAGACAAGAAGCAGAGCGGCAACUGCAACAUCUGCAACAUCUCGUGGUGCCUCCGUGGAUGAGCAGCUGCUCCAUCCAAGCAGCCGCAGCCGCUGCAGAAGUCCCCGCUGCCUCCGCCUGCCGAUCUACAGCAUCCUGCUGCUCUGCCUGGCCAGCCAGGGAUUGGGACUCGGCGAUGCCCACAAGCCCAAGUCGGCCAAGCAGCACUUCGGUGGCGGCAAUAGCCCCAAUCAGAACCAGAACCAGAACCACAACGAUGUCCUGGGCGGGGUGGGCGCCCCGUCGCAGACGUCCGGCGAGGACGAGGCCGAGAUCAUGUACCCCUUCCAGUCCGGGGAGCAGAUGUUCGGCCUGGAGGAGGACCAGGAGCAGGACCAGGAGCUCAACUCCAAUGCAGUGCCCGGCUCCGACGAGGAUAAUGCGGCCAAUCCACGUGGUAUCAAUGACACGCACAACGAUAACUCGACCACCACGAAAACGCCACUAUUCCCGAAAGACCUUUUCACGAAAGAACAGCUUGAGAACGGCGCUGUCAUCCUGCACAUCAUUGGGGUGAUAUAUAUGUUUGUGGCGCUGGCAAUUGUCUGUGAUGAAUUCUUCGUGCCUUCCCUUGACGUAAUCAUUGAAAAGCUCGGCAUCACGGACGAUGUGGCCGGCGCUACGUUUAUGGCGGCGGGUGGCAGUGCCCCCGAGCUCUUCACCAGUGUGAUUGGCGUUUUCGUGUCGUUCGACGACGUGGGCAUUGGUACGAUCGUUGGCUCCGCCGUGUUCAACAUACUGUUCGUGAUCGGCAUGUGCGCCCUCUUCUCGAAGACGGUCCUGUCGCUCACCUGGUGGCCUUUGUUCCGCGACUGCUCCUUCUACAGCAUCAGCCUGCUGGUGCUGAUCUACUUCUUCCGGGACAACCGCAUCUUCUGGUGGGAGGCCCUCAUCCUGUUCACCAUCUACAUCGCCUACGUGGCCUUCAUGAAGUGGAACGUCCAGGUGGAGACGUGCGUCAAGAAGAUGAUUACCAAAAACAAGGUGACUCGCGUCAGAAGUACAGAUCAACUUAUGCCAGCAGGUAAUGCGGCCAACUCCUCCGAAACAUCGAUGGCCACCCAGCCGGGCGGCUCGGUAACAUCGCGGGCGGCGAGCGAAACCCGCUCGGGUCCGCCCGGAUCGAGCCAUGCGGGCGCCACAGGUAAUAGCAGCGGCGGGGGCGGCACCUCGGGUAGUACUCAGACCGGUGCCAAGUUCCGCCACGGCCUGUUACAGCUAAUGAUACACACGAUAGAUCCACUACACGAUGAUGAUGUUCCAGGCAAAGUGGACGAGAAGGCGACGCAGCUGCACGCCAUUGCCUCGCUGAAGGUUUUGCUGGAUGCCACCAAGCCGCAGCGCGGUGGUGCCACCACCUCGGCGGCCAACCACGUCAAGAUCAACCUCAAGGAGACCACGCUCGCCGAUCGUCCCAAUGGGAAUAUCGACACCACCCUCGACUCGCCAUCGUUGAGUGGUCGACGUCCUAGCUGGAUUGAGCAGAGGGUCAAAAUUCAGACACGCAAAUUUAGCAUCAAAGCGCCCGAAAUCGAGGAUGAGCCGGAACCCCUGAGCAUGGCCUGGCCGGACACGGCGCGAAAGCGGCUCACCUACGUCCUGGUGGCCCCGCUCCUGGUGCCCAUGUGGCUGACACUGCCCGACACGCGGACGCCCCGCGGCAAGCGCUUCUUUCCGGUCACCUUCAUCGGCUCCAUCGUGUGGAUAGCGGCCUUCUCCUACCUGAUGGUCUGGUGGGCCAACGUGGCCGGCGACACGGCGCGCAUUCCGCCCGAGGUCAUGGGUCUGACCUUCCUGGCGGCGGGCACCUCCAUUCCGGACUUGAUUACCUCGGUGAUAGUGGCACGCAAGGGAUUCGGCGACAUGGCCGUGUCCAGUUCCGUGGGCAGUAAUAUAUUCGACGUGACCGUGGGCCUGCCGAUCCCGUGGCUGCUGUAUGGAAUCAUCUACGGGGCCCCUGUGGAGGUGAACUCGGUGGGCAUGGUCUGCUCCAUAACCAUCCUGUUUAUGAUGCUUGUGUUCGUGGUGAUGUCAAUCGCCUGCUUCCGCUGGCGCAUGAACAAGGGGUUGGGCUUCACCAUGUUUCUGUUGUAUUUUGCCUUUGUCGCCGUGUCGCUGAUGUUCGAAUACGACGUGAUCACGUGCCCCUUCUAAGGGGCAGGGGCAAAGACAAAAGCGGUCAACACUUACCGAGUUCAAGCUACCGAGAUCCCAAGGAUGUCUACCAAGGACAUGGAUGUGGACAAGGAUGUCUGGAUGCCGCCGAGGACGAGACAGUCUCACGUCUCACACCCAAUUAGCUAAAUUAUAUACAAGCAAAUUAAUGAAUGAUUAACAAAUUAAUUAACAAUGGACUAAAGCUAAAUAAUCGAAUUGUUAAACAGACAAAAACACCGCCACACACAGACUCACUCCAGAUACACUCCACAAAACCGAAACAAACAUAAUGAAAAUAACGAAAUCGAAAACUUAACGUUAACAAAAUGCGAGUUAGUUAGUGCCAGCGUUUCUUUUUCGAAAGACAUUUACUUUAAAGUGUUUAGCGCAGCUUUUUAACGCAAGCAGCCCCCUCCAGUCCCUAACUCUACGAAUCUUUGCUCCCAACUAUCGUAUCUAUGUAUCUACGACCUAAUACCAAACUAGCGAGAAGGAAACACACGACAAUGGCUUCCCAACCACUUACUAACUAUGUAUCUACCUAACGUUUGGGUUUUAACUACAAGCAUAAGAAAACCAGCAAAAGUAUGUAUCAACAAAUAUAUAUGAUUAUCUCGGCACAAGGCACCCUAUAUCCUAUAUACGGUACGUUACGAUACGAUACGAUAAGAUACAAUACGAUACGAUAAAGGAAAGCAGCCUCCAAAUUUUGUGUUGAGCUCUGUCGUUUCGUUUCGAUCGAUCGAGCAAAAAGCCUUUCAUUUGCGUGCUCUACUAAGAUUUCUCCUAAAAGCUUUAUCCAGAGCCUAUCUAAACUCUAUCUAGUUUACGACUUAUAUACAUAAUACUUAUAUACCCACUCACACGCACACUUACAUGGCAUACUAUAUAUUGACCUGUAUUGAUUAAGUGAUAAUUUGCGUACUUAUUGAACAAGCAA